AAGGGUUAAAAUUGAGACCCCAGCAUGCAUAUGUCUGUUUGGACAUUCUGGGCACACUUUCGAAAUCCUGUGAGAGGGACCUGGCAAAGUUGCUUGCGUGGAAUUUUCAGCUGAGAGAGAAACACACAGUGCAUCGCAUUGUUUAAGGUGAUUUUGUUAUAUUUGAUUGACAUUACAAUUGUAAUGAUUAACAGGUCCUAGUGAAGGAGCAGAUCAGUCUCUGUAUCCGUGUCUGUGUGUCUGCUGAGUCACUACAAGCUGGAGGGAGCUCUAGACUAGCAGAGCAGACGACAGCAGAGCAGAGCACCAUGACCUACCGUCUGUUUGAGGAGAAACACCAUGCUUCCAUCUACCAGAGGUACCGCUUUGUACCUCCAGAGGAGAUCAGAGACAUCAUCCUGCAUUACCUGGAAAGGAAGGUGAGCCAAGCAAAGGUAGUAUUACUGUUAUAGACUGUGUCUUUUACAUGAGGUUAGACUUGUACACGUAGCAGCUAAGAUAAAAUCGUACAUUGUCUAAGAUGAUAAGUCUUUGGUGUAAUGCUUCCACACAGUGUCCGAGAUAGAAAUGGAAGUAAAAUAUGUCCUCUAUUGCAUAAUAUUUCAGGAUUACGACAUCUUAAAUCAGAUAUUUAUACAGUAUAUCGCAACAAUUUCCUGUUUCUAAAUGCUUUUGAGACUUGUGACAAUAGGUCACUGAACUAUCAUCCAUUAUCUUACGUUAAUACCGUAAGCUUGAAAUUCAGCAUGCAAUGUGUCAUACCUAUACUGUAUAGAGCAAAGACCAGAGUUGAAUAUAUAUAUAUAUAUAUAUAUAUAUAUAUAUAUAUAUAUAUAUAUAUAUAUAUUUAUUAUCUGUAUUGAACAUCACAUUUACACUAUCUAUCACAUAUAGUGUCUCACUGGUCCCCUCUCUUCAGAAAGGCCAGCCCCAUGUCCUAGCUGUGGACCUGGGCUGUGGGACGGGGCAGAACUCACGCCUGCUAGCCCCACACUUCCAGGAGGUGGUGGGCAUCGACAUCAGCGAGUGCCAACUGGAGGAGGCCAGGGCAGUGGCAGGUUUCAACAACAUCACCUACAGGUGUUUGAACGUGUGUAUGUGUGUAUGUGGUCUAACUUUACUAUCCUUUUGAGGUCCAAAAGUCCUCACAAGGAUAGUAAAAUAAUAAAUAUUUGACAAGUGGGGACAUUUCGCCGGUCCCUAUCAGGAAAACUGCUAUUUUAGGGUUUGGUUAGGGGUUAGGAGUUAGGGUUAGGUUUAGUUAGGGGUUAGGGUUAAAGGUUAGGUUUAGGGAAAAUAAGAUUUUGAAUGGGAAUAAAUGUUUUGCUCCCCACUUGGAUAGUAAAACCAACGUGUGUAUGUGUAUGUUUAAAAAGAAACAGUGAUGGCAAUCUGCAGAGACGGUCAAUUACACUCAGCAAUAAGGUCAGCAGUACCUUCCCACUUGCAAUAGGCCCCUAGUUAAUAUGUUAGUUUAUGUGCAAAUCCUCAGUGUUUGUGGCUGUGUCUUAAUACUUACAGGAAAGGGACUGCAGAGGAGCUGCCGUUUCCGGAUGGUUCUGUGGACCUGCUGACUGCAGCCUCAGCGGCCCACUGGUUUGACCAGCAAAGGUUCCUCUUGGAGGCAGGCCGGGUCCUGAAGCCUUGCGGCUGCUUGGCUCUGCUGGGCUUUGCUGAUAACAUCAGACUCCAUUACGGCUCAUGUGGAGACAGACUCACUGACAUCUAUGAUGAGGUGAAAAACAGUAUUAAAUAAGCUCAGUGUGUCAUAUGUUUAUUUUCAGUGGGUACUAAGUACAGUUGUUGUUUUCAUAUACAGUAUGCUUAUAAAAUGUUUGUUUGCUGCCAUAUUGAGACAUCUCUUGUGAAAAAUAGAUUAAUUUCCAUGGGAUCACCUGUAUGAAUCAACAAUAUAAGCACCACGUUUCCUGACUGAUUGAGAUUUGACUUUGCUAUCCCCAGUUCAAGAAGGUGCUGUUACCAUACACCAGCACACAGGUAGCAGUGGCCAACACCAAACUACAGGAUCUUUACGCCGCCAUCCCCUUCCCUGACAAAGAGAGGUAACUCAUAUAGCCUCUGUGCAAACCCAGUAGAACAGCCAGUUACACAUUAAAGCACAACAUCGCAGGACACAACAUUUCUCAUGGUGUGACUUUGACCCUGUGACUCUGUGAGAAUUAAAUAUAAACAGAAGUAAUGUACUCACACCUAGUGACUCGGGUGGACAAAAUCUAAUGUUGUACUCAAACUGUGGGAGUAUUCAAUAUUAUGACUUGACAAACCUCUUGGCCCUCUUGGGAGCAUAGGGCAUCCACUAUGACUCUCCUCUCAAUUCAACAGUGUGUGGGUAUCCACUUCUUUCAGGAUUGAGUGUAUCCCACUGAAGCAGCAGAUCUCAGUGAGGAACAUAGUGGGCUUCAUAGAGUCCUUCUCCAUGUACCAGGCCUUCCAGAGGGCCGAGCCUGAUGCUGCCACCGCACUGCUGCAGAGAACACACGACAGGUAACAACCCUGGUCAAUGAAUGAAUGGAUGAAUGGACGAAUGACAAUGCAUGAAUGAACAAAUUAGCUAAUUAACAAAUUAACCCUGUGGAGUCGAUUGACAACGGUGUGUCAAUCUUAAAUUACAUAACAAAAUAAUCCCCAUCAAAAUCCUUACAUUUAAGAUAGAGAUCCUGUGUUUGUUUUUUUGCGUUGGACGCGUCUCAAUUCACCACAUCCGCCAGUGUCGCACUUCCGUAUCUGCGGUGAAAGGUGGCAGAGCUAGAGCGGUGUUUGUCAGACCAUGGUGAAAAUCGGUCUUCUCACGUAAACAUCUGUAGCGUCCGAAAGGUUUGACCUAAAGAACUAUUGAUAAGGGAGAAUCUCACGAACACAAUGGUUUUCUAAAUUUUGCUCUACGACCCCCACAAGUGUCACGGGACUCGUCUGAAGGUAAUAGGUAUCGGUAAAAAAACAUGUUUUUCUUGUAUUUCACUCCGGAAGCUAGCCACACCAAUGUGUGAGGAAGCACUAUGGGACUCCCGAACACGGCCGGUUGUGAUACAGCAUGGGAUUGAACCCGGGUCUGUAGUGAUGCCUCUAACACUGCAAUGCAGUGCCUUAGACCGCUGUGCCACUCGGGAGGCCCCAUUUCUGAGUUUUUUAAAUAUCUCUUAGAUUUAGGAUAGACACUUCAAAACCUUGUUUCUUACGAUUUAUUUUUUGACUGUCCUUUUUGCCAUUUAUGAAUGUGUUAUUCAAUGCGUUUCUAUCGGUUUUAGUAGUCAAGUCCAAAAUAAAAAUUGUAUCAAAUACUUUUAUAUAUAUAUAUAUUUUAUAUCUAAAGGUGUCCUAAAAUUCUAAAUCAAAUAGCUAAAUGAUUCAUAGUAUGACCAUCUUAAAACAAUUUCAUAAAUCAGAUUAACAACCCCCCCUCCUGUUUUACUCUAGAUUUAAUGAACAAACAAAUUUAUAAAGAAAUGAACAAACAAACAAAAUAAUUAUUUAUUUUAAUGUAUGCCACUUUUAUGGUCCAUCCCAAAUGGGAUUAUUUUAUUAAAUAUAUUGAUGUCAUAUUGUUGCAGGUUUCUGAAGGAGAUGGGAGUCACAUCACCAGACACACUCAUGGAAGUGACACUGGAGUAUUUCUGUGUCCUGGCAUCUAAACCGGAGUGAACACUAUAUUAAAUUUUUUGGUCAUUUUAGCAGACGCUCUUAUCCAGAGUGACUUACAGUUAGUGAGUGCAUAUAUUUUCAUACUGGCCCCCCAUGUGAAACGAACCCACAACCCUGGCGUUGCAAGCGCCAUGCUCUACCAACUGAGCUACAGGGGACUACUACACUGUGAAUGUGUUUAUGUGGAGACAGAUGUGUGAAUCAUGUUCAAGCUGUUGUUAAUAUAAAUAUUAUUCUGUUCACAUAAGAUGUCAUUGAUGUCCCCUUGGUUUUGUCUGUUCUUUUAUACAUUAUAAUGUAGAGCAAACUAUUCGCCUUUGUCACAUCAUUACCAAAAUGGUUGCCACAUUUAGUUUCGUCCUUGCCUGAGAUUUACAAUAAAAUAUGUACGCAGUCACAAUUGUAACUUUUGAAUAUUAUUAAACAUCUGUAAUGAACACUCAGGCUUAGUAGAGUCAAAAUGAACAAUACCUCACAAGGCACAAACAGAAUGACCUGACAAAAAUGAAAGACAGGGCUACGUUCAAGAACACAAGGUUGACUAAGAAAAUAAAUACACCCCCCCCCCCCCCCCCCCCCCCCCCCCAAGGGAGGCUCCUGAGGACCCAACGGCACCGGAGGGUGGAGCGGGGGAGCAGAGGCGGCCGUCUACCUCGGGGGCGAGGUCCCGCAGGCUGGUUCGACAAGGUCGUGGACUGACCCGACGUUCUGUGUUGAGGCUGACGUCCAGUGAGUCUGUUCGGGGGACGACCCCGAGGUCAGGGAGCGGGAUGAUCCGGACUGUUACGGUGGAAUGCCUGAAUCAUCUCUGGGUCGAGGAUGUCCUGGUUGGGAACCCAGGACCGGUCUUCAGGCCCAUAAUCUUCCCAGUCCACUAGAUAGUGGAUGCGACCUCUCAGUCGUUUGGAAUCAAGGAUAGCCUGAAUGUCGUGGGCAGGUUCCCCUCCAACGUCCAACGGUGGGGGCGCACUGCAGGUUGGAGAGGACUGUAGGUGACCGGUUUUAACAGAGACACAUGGAAGGACGAGGAGAUUUUAUACUGACGGGGUAACUGGAGGCGGUACAUGACAGGGUUUAUGCGAUGGGUUAUCUUGAAGGGACCAAUGAAGCGAGGACAGAACUUUUUGCAGGAGAGGUGGAGCCAGAUGUGUCUGGUUGAGAGCCACACACGCUGUCCAGGGUGAAAGAGUGGCGUAGGUCGGCGGUGUCUGUCGACAAAGCGUUUCUGGGUAUUAGAGGCUUCCUGCAGAUGGCGGUGAGCGUUCUCCCAUACCCGCUCACUGUGCCAAAACCAGUCGUCGACAGCUGGGACAGUACCAGUCUCCGCCUCCCAGGGAAACAUGGGGGGUUGGUAACCAAGGACACACGGAAACGGAGUAAGGCGGAGGGAUGAAUACAUGAGUGAGUUCUGAGCGUUUUCGGCCCAGGCCAUAUACAGACUCCAGUCGUGUGGAGAGGCAGAACAUUAUUGGCGGAGGUACUUCCCUAUUUCUUGGUUCAGGUGUUCCGUCUGCCCGUUGGUCUGGGGAUGAUACCCGGAGGAGAGGCUGAGGGCAACCCCCAGUCGGUCACAGAAAGCUCGCCACAUCCGGGAGACAAACUAGGACCCUCGGGUCAGAGACGAUGUCCUCCGGAAUCCCAUUCAGACAGAACACCUGCUGGAACAUUCACUCAGCCAAUUCCAUGGCUUAGGUAAAUGAGGAAGAGGAACCAGACGACACAUUUUUGGAAAACGGUCUACAAUGACAAGGAUGGUGGUGUUAGAGGAUUCAGGAAGGUCUGAGCUGUUGACUUCAUCAAUGUGGGACCAGGGUCUGUGAGGGAUUGGCAAAGGUUGAAGCUUACCGGAAGGGAGAUAACAAGGGCAUUUGGUUUGGGCGCAGACUGGACAGGAGAGUACGUAAUCCUUUACGUCGGAUGCCAGUGAGGACCACCAGAACUUACGGGCUAGCAGUUCGGUGGUUCAUGUAAUGCCCGGAUGUCCUGACCAAGGACUUGUGACACCAUUGCAUCAGUUGGGGUCUAACAGCUGCUGGUACAUAACUCUUCCCAGCUGGUGUCUCAGGAGGAGCCAGGUCUGAGGUUAGGGCUUCUUGUAUGACAGAGUGAACCUCCCACUGUACCGGUCCCAUAAUGCAAGAGGAAGGAAGAAUGGUUGUAGGGUCUGAGUUACUGGUCGUAAGGUCAAACUGGCGGAAGAGAGCAUCAGCUUUUACGUUUCUCUUUCCAGGGAUGUAAGUAACAUGAAAAUGGAAGAUUGUGAAGAGAGCCCAGCGGGCUUGUCUGGAGUUCAACCUCUUGGCCCCUCUGAUAUAUUCCAGAUUACAAUGAUCUGUUAGGACGAGAAAGGGAUGUUGUGUGCCCUCCAACCAGUGUCGCCACUCCUCGAGGGCCAGCUUGAUGGUGAGGAGUUCUCUGUUCCCCACAUUGUAAUUCCUUUCAGCGUCGGAUAACUUCCUGGAGAAGAAGGCACAGGGAUGUGAUUUUGGAGGGGUUCCCACCCACUGAGAGAGUAUGGCUCCUACUCCUACUUCGGAGGCAUCCACCUCCAGGGUGAAAGGAAGAGUCGGAUAAGGUUGGCGAAGAACAGGAGCUGAGGUGAAGAGGCGUUUCAAGUUGUUGAAAGCAGUCAGGGCGGUAUCAGUCCAUUGAAGGGUCCGGGUCUUUUGGCUGGUAAGGGCAGUGAGGAGACGGCAGUAGAACUGAAGUUCCGAAUGAACCGGCGAUAGAAGUUGGAGAACCCAAUGAAACGUUCCUUAACAGUGGUGGGUUUGGGCCAGUGACUUUGUUCUCAUCCAUGCUGACCCUUCCAGGUGUCAGUACGAAACCGAGGAAGUUUACUGAGGUUACACGGAAGGUGCUCUUUUCAGUCUUCACAUAAAGGUUAUGGUCAAGAAGCCAUUGAAGAACCUUUUGUACAUGCUGUAGGUGUUCCUUCAGGGACUGGGAGUAAAUCAGGAUGUCAUCAAUGUAGACGAUGAGAAAGCGGUUGAUCAUAUCCUGGAAAACUUCAUUCAUAAAGGAUUGGAAGCCGGCGAGGGUGUUAGUAACGCCGUAGGGCAUGACCAGGUAUUCGUAGUGCCCUCGUGCAGUGAUAAAGGAAGUCUUCCAUUCGUCACCCUCACGUAUACGGACAAGGGUAUAUGCACUUCGUAGGUCGAGUUUUGUAUAGAUGCUGGCGCGGCCCACUUGUUCAAGGGUCUCUGGGAAGGAGAGGAAGAGGGAAACGGUUCUUGACUGUGACGUCAUUCAGGGAACGGUAAACAAUACAUGGACGGAGACCACUGUCCUUUUUUCCCAACGAAGAAGAAGGAUGAAUGAAACCGUUUGUGUGCUUAAUCAAUGUAGUUCUCCAUUGCCUCAUUUUCCGGGAUAGAUAGGGGGUAAACACAGCCCUUCGGUGGGGACACUCAAGGGAGUGAGUCAAUAGCACAGUCCCCUGGGCGAUGUGGUGGCAGAGUGGAGGCCUUGAUUUUGCUGAAGACAUUGCUGUACUGGGCGUAUUCAGAUGGUAUGAUGGGUGGCACUGCAGAGGAAGAGUCCUCAAUGGUGGUGGCUCUGCAGGGUAGGCUGAGAGAACUGGUGAAGCAGGUAGAAGACCAGGACAGUAGUUCACCUUGUUGCCACGAGAUGGCAGGGUCGUGACGACAAAGCCAGGGGUGUCCGUGAAUUAGUGGCUGUUUGGGGGAUGAGAGUUCCAUGAGUUGAAUGGUUUCGGUGUGGAAGACUCCAAUCUGGAGGGUGACGCUCUGUCAGGUGCGUAAUGAAGCCCGUGUCCAAUGGCUGCCCGUCCAGGGCGUUAAUCUUUAAGGGAGGGCUGACAGGUGUUAGAUCAAUGUCAAGCUCUUGUACUAGCUGGUGAUCGCUAAAAUUACCUGCUGCUCUCGAAUCUAUCAAGCCCUCUACGUACUUAGUAACCCCCUUUACGGUUAUCAAUACUGGGAUGGAGAAUUGCUUCUGGGAGAUAUUAAGAAAUAAGGACACGCCUACCUGCAUGGCAGCGGAGGGACCCUUAUCUCUCCGUGGGGGGCGAACAGGGCAAUGGCUGAGUAGAUCAUCUUUCCCUCCACAGUAUAGGCAGAGCCCUUCUUGGAUCCGCCUUUGACGUUCGAUACAUGGUAGAGGAGCAUGGCCCAACUGCAUGGGCUCUGGAAGACUCGGACAGGAUCAUGGAAAGAGAAGGUGGCAGAGUUCUUUGACGGUUGGCGAUGAGGUUGUCGAUGGAGAUGGAAAUACGAAUGUAUUGAUUUAAAUCCUAAAGGUCACCUCUACAGGCCAGCGCCGCCUGAAGUUCCCUGUUGAGCCCUCUUCGGUAGACGGUAAGUAAAGCAGCCUCACUCCAUCCACUCCCUGCAGCCAUGCUGUGGAACUGGAGGGCAUACUUGGCAGCUGAAUUGCGUCCUUGUUGAAGUUAUGAGGAGGUCUCCUAUAGGACGACCGGAAGGAGAGUGAUCGAAUACCUCUUUGAAGAGGGUGUGGAAAUGGGUCUCGGAUCCGAGUUCUGUGCUGUUGGCAGUCCAUAUGGCGGUGGCCCAAUCCAGGGCUUUGCCUGUGAGUAGAGACACAAAAUCCACCCUGCUCUUGUCGGUGGCGAAGUUAGUGGGGUUGUGUUCAAUGUAUUUGCAUCAGAAAUCCCUUACAUUUUCCAGGUGAACAGUCAUAUUUUCCAGGCAUAGAUAUGAAUGAAUGGGUUACGAUACCUGGCAUCGGAGGAGUAGGGAUAGGCUGGCGGAGAAGAUGGCAGAUUUCCUCCAUACGUUCCUCUUUCUGGGAUAGGCGCCGCUGUAGCUCCACUGAAUCCAUUCCGUUUUUUAGGUGAGAUAUUCUGUAAUGAAUACUCAGGGAGAAAAAGGUAUAGAUUCACGCGCAGAGCGCGGCAGGUGUUUACUUCGCCGUCGCAGAAGGCAGUAAUCGUGGUCACAGGUCAUACAUAGGUAGGCAAACAGGCAGGAGACUCAAAAACUAGGACUGAAGGCUUUAACUGGUUCUCACAAACGAGCUAGGAAAAGGCUUUGUAGAGUCAAAACAAACAAUACCUCACAAGGCACAAACAGAAUGACGUGAACUAAAUAAGGAGCUGAUAAAACCAGGUGAGUAACUAACACAGGUGAAAUCAAUGAACAAAAAUGAAAGACAGGGCUACGUUCAAGAACACAAAGAAACAGGGCUACGUUCAAGAACACAAGGUUGACUAAGAAAAUAUAUACAGAACCUUACAACAUCAGGGCCGUAUCUAGCGUCUCAGAGUAGUAUUAGGAGUGCAGAUUUAGGAUCAGUUUGCCUUUUAGAUCACAAUGAAAAAGAUAACAUGGACAGGGGGUAUCUGAUCCAAGAUCAGCACUCCUAGUCUGAGACACUUGAUACUUACAUUUACAUUUACAUUUAAGUCAUUUAGCAGACGCUCUUAUCCAGAGCGACUUACAAAUUGGUGCAUACACCCUAUAGCCAGAGGGUUAACCACUUUACAAGAAUAUUAUUAUUUUUUUUUUUAUUAAUUUUUAUUCAUUUAAUAGUAUUUUUUUUUUUUUUUUUUUUUGUGUUUUUUUUUUUAUAUAUUUUUUUUGGGGUGGGGUAGAAGGAUUACUUCAUCCUAUCCCAGGUAUUCCUUAAAGAGGUGGGGUUUCAAAUGUCUCGGCUGCGUUUAGACAGGCAGCCCAAUUCUGAUAUUUUUUUCACUAAUUGGUCUUUUGAUCAAUCAGAUCAGGUCUGAAAAAUAUCUGAUAUGAAAAGAUCUGAUGUGAUUGGUAAAACGACCAAUUAGUGGGGGGAAAAAAGAAUUGGGCUGCCUGUCUAAACGCAGCCAUACUGCCCCAGAUUUUCUGUUGCUUUCUUGUUAAUAUGCUGUAUGCAUGUAUGCAAUUCAUCACAUUAUGCCAACUGAGAAAAAACCUUUGGUCGGUUCUUGGACCAGUCCUUCAGAUAUUGACUGUUUAUGAUUAACUCUUUACGUGAGCUAGUGGUAGUGCAGCUCAGUACAAAACCUAUUGUUGUUGUUGAUCUAUGGCUCAGUGAUCCGUUGGAAUAGGGUUUUUAUCUGAGUAAGAAGACUGAACUCAUCAGGCUUUUGUCUUUUCCCACAUCAAUCACAACAGGAAAGCACCUCAUAGGAAAACAAGGUUCUGAUCCCUCCCCCAUUGUAUCUCCAUGGGACUUUUUAUUGGUUAUGACACACCACACAGCUCUCUGUGACCCCAUGUAACCCUGGCCCCCUUCUUAAACAGCCUCAUUAGCAAACAACCCACAUUCCCACGAAGCCGCUGCACUGCCCCUUCCUCUCUCUAUCUGGGGCCUGUCUCAUACUAGCCUGGCCAAGCGCCUUGUGGUUUCCCUGGAACUGGCCCUGCGAUGAGUGUGGUGUGUUUGAUCACAUUCCUUAACGUAGCCUCCACACCCCAGUGAGAAAGAGAGCUUGCAUGAGUUUUUGUAAAAACCUUAUGAAAAGCAGGUCUCUUUCUGAGUUGGAGAAUACCUUUGUAUUCCUGUUGUUUUUUCCUGUAGUAUAACCCAGUGGCAUGGCCAAUCGUCCGUUUGAAGGUAAGGAGCAUGCUACCUCCUACUGGAAAUACAGAGUCUCUCCCUCGUCUCAGCUCAUUGAAGAGGUCAUGUCCUUCCUGAAGAAAAAGGUAGGCGUGACAUACACCUGUUACACAUUAUACAGACUGUUGUUUUUCCUAAAUUAAAUAUAAUGGAUUAUGCAUGCUCAGAUUAUAUGGUUACAGUCUUCUGUGGACGUAAAAUAGUUACAAUGACAAAUAUUAUUGCAAUACAUUACAGAAUUAUAACAAUGCAUGCUUCGUUCCGGCUUUUUCAUGUUUUUGCAGCAGAUAAAGAUGGUCUAUUGACAUUCUCCUGCCUUAAAAAAUUUGCACAUGUACUAACGAUGUCUCAUACAUGUGUGUGAUGGUGAUGUGUCCUGUUUGACAGAGGGGCGUGCAGCCCUUUGACCUGGCAGUAGAUGUAGGCUGUGGGUCGGGUCAAGGCACCAUGCUCCUGGCCCCUCACUUCUCCUCGAUGGUGGGGACCGACGUGAGCCCUGCCCAGCUGGAGGUGGCCCUGGAGCAUGCCACCGCCCCUAACACCUCAGAGCCAACCCCAGAGGAAAGGAGGAGGAGGGUGGACUGGACUGGAGAGUCAUGUUUUGUUUUGAGUGACACUAAUGUGGACUCAAACUCUCUUUACAUUACAGUCAUAGAAUUAGUGUUUUAUAAGCAGGUAGCUUAGUGGGUAAGACUGUUGUGCCAGUAACCGAAAGGUCGCUGGUUCUAAUCCCCGAGCCGACUAGGUGAAAAAUCUGUCGAUGUGCCCUUGAGCAAGGCACCCUAAUUGCUCCUGUAAGUCGCUCUGGAUAAGAGCGUCUGCUAAAUGACGUAAAUGUAAAUAAGUAGAUUUACUAGAUUUGUAGGUACAAAAUAGUUUUAUUCAGGGUGAAUAGACAUGGAUUUACAAAGAUCGUCUCACUCAGAACAGUCUUGCCUGAAAUAACAGAACCACAGUGUGAUGGGAGAGGGGACUGUAUGGUUAAAGUCCUUUGUUGAUGGGGACACAGUGAAAUUAGGACAAGGGCCAAGUCAAACAAUGGGACCCUUGUCUGCUCAAACUCAUGCACAUUUCCCUCUAGUGAGCAAACAUAAAAGCUACAACUACUAAUACUAUUCUGGAACAGUGCCAUCUGAACUGUCUCAGGAACCAAACCAAAUCACAAAGUUCUGUGCGAAUUCUAGCCUGGUUCCCGAUCAGUUUGUGCUGUUUUGCCAAGUUCUAUUGUGGCAAUGACUAUAGGAGUUGGCAAUAGAGCAGAAACAGAUCUGGUACCAAGCUAGCAAAUAUCUUUACAGAUCUGAGACUAGGCUAGCAAAUAACUUCAGUAUAGCCUGUAUUAUGCAGCCCUGAUUUUUGUCUCUCUCGUCUCUGUAUAGACAGCAUCCGGCUGCUGAUCAUUGUGUCUCUCUUGACUCUGUCUAUAGACAGCCAUGACUGCCUUCCACUGGUUUGACCAGCUGCAGUUCCUCCUGGAAGCCCAUAGGAUCCUGCAGCCUAAAGGCUGUCUCUAUCCGCUCAAUUAUAUAUGGAGACUGCUACCACAAACUCAACACAUUCUGCAAGGAGGUCUGGACAACUCUAGAGAAUAUAAUAAAAGUAUAUUAUCCAUAAACAGUGGAAAGGUACCAUUCUAAUCACUGUAGAAAACAUGCAAACAAAAAACCAAAUACAAUGCACAUCUUUGAUGCAUACAGUAGAUUUGUUGUGUGUUUUUUCAACAGCAUUUGUCUUUUUUUAUCUCAUCAUUUUUAUGCUGCCCUCCUGCCCUAUAGUAACCUCUGCCUGGGCCCCAACUCUGUGGCUCUCUACAAACAGUCCUAUGACUCCAUCCGCUAA